AUGGUGUCCCCGGCCCUGGCGCUGGCCUUCCUGCCCCUGCUGCUCACGCUGCUGCUGCGCUACCGCCACUACCUGCUGCUGCUGUACCGCGCCGUGCUGCUGGGCUGGCUGCGCGACCGCCUGAGCGGGGCGUCCCGCGAGCAGCGCGCCUUCCAGUACCUGCUGGCGCACGCCAUCCCCGGCGACCCGCGCCACGUCCUGCACACCCUGGACCAGUGGAGCUACCGCCGUGAGCACCUCAGCUGCGUGGGGCCCCUUAAAGGGAAGCUGUUGGAGCGGCUGCUGCGCGAGCGGGCGCCGCGGGCCGUGCUGGAGCUGGGCACCUACUGCGGCUACGGCACCGUGCUGAUGGCCGCCGCGCUGCCCCCCGGCGCCCGCCUCUACACCGUGGAGCCCGACCCCCGGCACGCCGCCGUGGCCGAGAAGGUGAUCCGCCUGGCGGGCUUCGACGAGCAGAAGGUGAGCGGCAGGGCGGGGAGAGCCCCCCCGGGGGCUGGCGGAAGCCGAGGGUCCGCGUCCCGUGUGUCCGUUCCCCCCCUCCCGCAGGUGGAGCUGAUCGUGGGCCCCUCGGCGGAGGUGAUCCCGCGGCUGCGGGAGCGUCACGGGCUGCUGCGAGCCGACUUCGUCUUCAUGGACCACCGGAAGCGCUGGUACCUGCGGGACCUGCGGCUGCUGGAGGAGCACGGGCUGCUGGCCCAGGGGGCCACGGUGCUGGCCGACAACGUCGUGUUCCCCGGGGCGCCGCACUUCCUGCAGUACGCCAGGAGCUGCGGCAGGUACCGCUGCCGG